UACCAACAAAAAGGGGAUUUAUGCAUAUCAUUAAAAUUGAUAUAUCUUGAUUAUAUAUUUUCAAACAAAGAAACUAAAAAUGGAUAUGAAUCUAACAUAUUUUAAAGGGGUGUCUGCAGUUCAUAAUAUUACAAGUAAUUUAUCCACAAUACGGAAAGGGAUAAAGUCAAAUGAUUUUGACGAAUACUGGUAUGAAUAUGAUUAUGAUGCGGAUCCUGGGAAUAUUCCUGUGCAACAGUUAAUACCAGUUUCCUUAGUCUAUGGAGUAACAAUGGUUCUUGGGUUGCUCGGUAACAGUUUAGUGAUUGUUUCGGUGGCGAAGUUUAAGAAGAUGCAAAACGUGACAAAUAUGUUUCUGUUAAGUUUGGCUACAGCGGACCUUUUGCUUGUAAUGAUUUGUGUUCCUGUAAAGUGUGCUGCCUUCUUUUCAUACACAUGGAAGUUUGGAGAAGUAUUGUGCAAAUUAGUGCAUUAUAUACAAAAUGUUUCUAUUCUCUGCUCAGUUAUGAAUCUCACGGUCUUGAGUUUAGAAAGAUAUUAUGCCAUUAUUCAUCCUAUACGAGCCAAAUGCGUUAGUACAGUUACGUUAGCAAAGAAGACAAUAUGUGUUAUAUGGUUACUUAGUUUGAUAAUGGCGACGCCUAUAGUUGUUGGAAGGGUUCAUAAAACUGUAGGGAACGAAAAUACAACAGCUUAUUGGUGCAAGAUGCACUGGGAACAUGCUAUAUAUGGAAAACUGUAUGGAUUAUAUAUGUUCCUAGUAAUACUUGCUAUACCACUGACGUUGAUGAUUUUUGCGUACUCUUGCAUAUGUCAUCGUGUAUGGAUAUUACAUAGGCAGCGACCAAUGGUUGUUCAACAAACUACACGAAAUCGAGCACAACUUCCCAUGGCAUCAGAGUCAACGUGCUCGCCAGCUCAGACAAGAGCCAUGCUGAAGGAAAGUCCAUUGUUAAGAAGAGUCACAAAGAAAGGAUGUACUGUUUUGAAUGACUACAAAACUAGACAGCAGGUUAUAAAGAUGCUUGUGGCAAUUGUAGUUUUGUUCAUGGUAUGUUGGGGACCAAUAACAGUGAACGAUCUUCUCGUUUCCUUUGGUUACCUUGACGAUUUACAUCAAGGCUUCCUCAGACCAAUGAGGAUGGCCUUUUUUCUUCUGUCAUAUUUUAACAGCUGUACUAAUCCUCUCGUGUAUGCCUUCAUGUCAAGACAUUUCAGGAAUACAUUUAAACAAACAUUAUUCAUGUUAUGCCGCAGGUAUACAGUGUUACGUCCGCAGCGUCCGCUUACCCGUAUAUCUGCGGACCACCGUUCUGCUUCAUUUCAGUCGGGUCACACAACAUCAAUACAGGCUAGCAGAACAUUAAAUACCAUGUAUGACUUUAGAAAUAUAGGUGUUAAUGACCCUUACAAUAGUCAGAGGAACUUACAUGACUUUAAUAAGAGGCAACAGACACCGGAAGAAUUUACAUUAAACACUUUAAAAAAGGAUAAUCAAAAUAACUCAAAAUGUGUUCGCCAUUAAAAGUUAUCGUUUUGUCUAAGAUAUUCAUUAAGACAGUAAAUGACAGACUGUAGAAAAAGUAAUUAUAUAAGUUAACAUGGAACAUGAAAGAAAUAAUUUAUACUGAUAUUUCUAUGAUAUCAGAUUAAAUGAUUUUUACUUUACAUCUUAUUUAAUGUACAGAUGGUUGACCGUUACAAUGUUCUAUAAAAUUAAAGAUAUGCUCAAAUUGCUGCACAGUUUCCUUUUAAAUUUCAAAUAAACAUCUGAGUACACACAGAGAAGAUAUUCAAUGUUUUAAAGUCUACAAACAAAAAUAAACACAGUAUGUAUACAUAAGUCAUAACAAAAUAACAUUAUUUUUAGGAAGGACCAAAUUAACGUGACCAGUAAUAGGAAAUACUUCCAAAACAUGGUUUGUGCUUUUUUUAUUUUAAAGUAAACUGAUUCAGUAAAGAUUUCCUUGAUUCGCAUUUGUUUCUGCCUAAAGACGAAUAACGUAUUUCUAUGAAAUAAAUGGAAAACAGUAAUUAAAAAAUAAAAUAUCAGUUGCUUUUUGACUUUUUUUAAAUUCCCUACUAUUGCGUUAUCAUUAUCAUGAAAACAAAUGUACGGUUAUUUGUGACACUUUAAUACGUGCAUAAUAGAUUAUUCUUAAAUAAGAAACAAGCCUUUGUACUUGAAAUUGAUAAAUUUAAUAAAAUAUGAUAUGUUAUUUUAUACAAUGGAUUUGGCGACACUAUUCUGAGAAACGGUAUGAAAUAGCUGUCAGCUAUGUAUGAAACAAAUAAAUCGCAAUUGUUUUCAUAGUUUUUUAUUAGAAGCUUAUUUUCUUAUUGUUAAACUUGAAAAUGGUAUGUGAUAUAUUAUGUGUAAAUAAUGCCCCAUUUGCAGACAAUUGGACGCAAGAAAAUACACAAACAUCGUUAUUUGAAUUGGCUUACUUUUUUCUGACACUGUAUUCAAUUCAUUGUAUGUUGCAAUUGAUACAUUUAUAUUCUGUACCAGUUAUUUGCCUUUUUCUAAAUAUUGAUACAAUUAAUAAAAGUCUUGUGUACUUUACAUUCUAAAUAUAUUGUUGUUGUUUUUUAAGUGAAACACUAAUUAUAUCAAGUACAAAAAUAUUAUAUGAUAAAAUUAUUAAGAUGUCACAACCGAUGUUGAACACAUAUAUUACCGUGGAAUAUUUCAUUGUAAACUUUAAAAAAAUAAUUUUAAAAAUUGACUGCUAUUUUGUAAAGCGUCCAUGUGUUGAAUCAAACAGAAUUAUUAAAUAACUAUUGUAAAAUACCUUAUAGUUUAAGCCGACAUUGGAGAAAUGAAUUUUAUAAUUAUACAUUAUAAGGAAUACAAUAACGAAGAUCAAUAUUUUUUUUAUUUGUCUGUACUAAUGUAAAUGUUUGUAUUCAUCGUCAGUAUGUUGUUUUAGAACGAGCAUAUUGAAUUGAUAAAACCCAAA